UAGGCAUUAGGCAUAUUUUCUAAUGUGAAGGUGAUGUGAAGUCAGCUGGUCCGUGGUUGCUGAAUUUUAAAGUUUUUAAAUCGUCUUUUGAUAAACAUAUAAUAGAUUUAGAACUUGGAUAACCCAAGAUGCCCAAGAAAAAAACAGGUCAACGUAAGAAAGCCGAAAAACAAAAGCUGCGUCAAAAAGAAAUCCGCAAUGCGAGAGAACACGUCGAUAUAGCGCAGCAUCCGUGCAACCUUCCCAUGGAGUGCGACAAGUGCCUCAAGAAGCAGAAGAGCCGUGCAUUCUGCUACUUCUGCUCGGCGGUGCAGCGCCUGCCCGCGUGUGCGCAGUGCGGCAAGAUCAAGUGCAUGCUCAAGUCGGGAGACUGUGUGGUGCGCCACCCCGGCGUCUUCACCACUGGACUUGGCAUGGUGGGCGCGAUCUGCGACUUCUGCGAGGCGUGGGUGUGCCACGGCCGCAAGUGCCUGCAGUCGCACGCCUGCACGUGCCCGCUGGCCGACGCCGUCUGUCUCGAGUGUGAACGAGGAGUAUGGGAGCACGGCGGCCGCGUGUUCCGCUGCUGCUUCUGCCAGGGCUUCCUGUGCGAGGACGACCAGUUCGAGCACCAGGCCUCCUGCCAGGUGCUGGAGUCCGAGACCUACAAGUGUCAGUCGUGCAACCGGCUGGGCCAGUACUCGUGCCUGCGCUGCAAGACGUGCUUCUGCGAGGAGCACGUGCGCCGCAAGGGCGCGCGCGGCUCGCGCGGCGCGCCGCCCUGCCCGCGCUGCGGCUACGCCACGCACCAGACCGCAGACCUCAGCAUGUCCACUCGCUCGCACCGCUACGGGCGCCAGGGCGCGGCGCAGCCCGGCGACGACGACGACGACGCCGGAGACUACAGCCACGCAGGAUACAACGCCGACGGCGGAAUGGAAGGCGCAGACUACUCGUACUCGGAGUCCGACGACGACGACGACGACGACAGCGAGGAGGAGGAGGAGGACUCCGAGGAGGAGGAGGAGGAGGAGCCAGACAAGACUUCCACUACCAACACUAAGACGUAAAUCAUCACUGGCCUGUGAUGAAUCAACAUCUUCUCAUGAACUGCAUAAUAUUGUUGUUUUAUGGUUACUUCUGAAUCACAUCUGAUAUUUUAUUUAUUACAUUUUAUUCAAUAAAAUUAUUUCGAAGAUGA